CUUUUUGCUACCCCAAAUCCUUCGUCCUGGAAAGUCGCUCUCUGGGUUCUGCCGUGGUGGGUCCGGUGGAUUUGUGGCCCACGGCCAGUCUUUCUUGGCGCCGUGGCGGCACAACGCUCCUGUGAUCGUCUAAAAAUAUGACGUAUAAAUAUAGACGUGGAGAUGACGGUAGCGUUUUAGCGCUGCAUAAGGGAAACGACCUUCUGCACAGUAAUGUCCGUACUGUCCAGGUGGCUAAGCUAACUAGCGGGAAGCUGCGAUAAGAUGCUAACGGCGUGUGCCACAGCUUCCGCUAAGCUUGUUAGAGGACAGACGCAAAUCUGGUUUGGACGAUCCAGGUGCUAACGUCCCACCGGGUGGCCCUCUGACGACCUUCUCGUCAAAUUUCCAGAGGAAAAAUUCAACGACAAAAAAAUCCUGCCACCAAAGCCAAUUUGACUAACGAGAUAUUUCCAUUAUGAGUAGACCCACAAAAACAAAUUCAGCCCCCGGAAACAGUUUGCGCGAGCACCGUGAAAUUUGGGAGACGUGUCCAUCGUGAGCAGGCCUACAGGAAAAAAAAAAUGUCUCCAAGAAGGAUCCAGAAGAAGCCGUGCCUGAAACUCCUUCACUUGUGACUCAAAGUUGAGGCAAAGAUGGCUAACUCCUUCACGCGCCUGAUGUCGGGCCGCAACACCGCCGCCCUACUGGCCACCCUGGGGGCGGGCACCGUGGCGACCGGCUUCCUGUUGAGCGACAGCGGCUCUCUGGCGGCGGAGGCGAGGAAGAAGCUCUAUCCGGCCAGCUCUGACUUCCCCGACCUGCGCAAACACAACAACUGCAUGGCGACGGCGCUGACGCCCGCCAUUUACUCCAAACUGCGGGACGAGGUCACCCCCAACAACUGGACCUUGGACCAGUGCAUCCAGACGGGCGUGGACAACCCCGGGCACCCGUUCAUCAAGACCGUGGGCUGCGUGGCUGGCGACGAGGAGAGCUAUCAGGUGUUUGCGGAUCUCUUUGACCCGGUCAUAAAAGACCGCCACAACGGCUAUGACCCCAGAACCAUGAUCCACCCCACGGACCUGGACGCCUCUAAGGUACUCGCACCCCGCCGAGCUGCCGACUUGUGCACGAAACGAUGCUCCGGUCUCGUCUUUCCUAACCAGCUGACGAACGGCACGUUUGACGACAACUACGUGCUGUCGUCUCGCGUGCGCACGGGCCGCAGCAUCCGCGGCCUCAGCCUCCCGCCCGCCUGCAGCCGGGCGGAGCGCCGCGAGGUAGAGCGCGUGGCCGUCGCGGCGCUGGCCGGCCUCAAGGGGGACCUGGCGGGGCGCUACUACAGCCUGGGAGAGAUGACCGACAGCGAGCAGCAGCAGCUGAUCGACGACCACUUCCUGUUCGACAAGCCCGUGUCUCCUUUACUCACCUCGGCCUUCAUGGCCCGAGACUGGCCUGACGCCAGGGGCAUCUGGCACAACAACGAGAAGACCUUCCUGAUCUGGAUCAACGAGGAGGACCACACCAGAGUCAUCUCCAUGGAGAAGGGGGGCAACAUGAAGAGGGUCUUUGAGAGAUUCUGCAGAGGACUCAAGCAGGUAGAACAUCUGAUCCAAGAGAGGGGCUGGGAGUUCAUGUGGAACCAACAUCUGGGCUACAUCCUCACGUGCCCCUCCAACCUGGGCACCGGCCUCAGGGCGGGCGUGCAUGUGCGCCUUCCCAAACUCAGCAAGGAUCCUCGCUUCGCCAAGAUCCUGGACAACUUGCGUCUGCAGAAGAGGGGCACGGGCGGCGUGGACACGGCGGCCACGGGCGACACUUUCGACAUCUCCAACAACGACCGCCUGGGCAAGUCGGAGGUGGAGCUGGUGCAGCUGGUGGUGGACGGCGUCAACUUCCUGAUCGAAUGCGAGAAGAGGCUGGAGAAGGGCCAGGACAUCAAGGUCCCGCCUCCCAUCGCCAUGUUUCGCAAAUAAACGAUUGAUGCUCCUACCUCAUGCUCUACUCACAGAUCAGUAAAAGCACGACAAUAUGCUUUCA